GAUGCUGGCUGCAAUAUUUGCGAAUGCGCCGGGUGCGGCACUCGUUUGGGGACCAUUUCUUUAUGAAGGGUGUGAAAUUGUCAUUGUCCAUGUCACAUGGUAUUUGAUUUGUCUUUCCGGUAUACGACCUAAAGACCACUUGAAGCAUGUCUAGAGAAUAAGGGACUUUGUUGAAUCAAUGUCUCAAAAAAUCCCCUCCAGCACCUCUCUGUCCACCUCUUCCCUCACGACCCUCUCUCUAUGUGUCCCUCUCUAAUCUGCAUUGACUACCUUGCCUAACGCAUUUGCCAACCCUUUUAGGCCUAUGUCGCAGAUUCCUGGGUUUGUACGUUGGCUGCGGUGGAUCAUUCCGAUUAGUUAUUCCUACGAACUCAUGCCCUGGUUCCUGUUUCGCUUUGCAGAAAGAGAUGCAGCUUAUUUACAGCAUGUUCCUGGUUCUUCUAGAUCUACAACAGGACAAGGACAACAGCCACGACAAGGACAACUACAGAAUACUUUGAACCCUUCAACUGCUACGUCUAAUAUUCCUGGUAGAAGUACUACAACAUCAGCUUUUACACAAGUGAUGAUACAAGCAGCUGCACCUUUGCAGCACUCUGGUCCGCUUUCGACAAGUCAAGCUCCACCCACAAGUCAACAGGCCGGUAGUGUACUUCCUCCACCCAUAACUACGGCUAGUAGAAUAGCGGCAUUGAAGGAUGCACAGGGUCAAUUUUUUGAGGAGGAAGCGGAGACCCAAAGAGUCGCCUUGUGGCUGGGUCUCGUAGCGGGUUUGGUCCUGUUGUAUCGGAUUAUUGCGGGAUUCGCGUUAUUCGCGAAUAGCCGGAACAUGGUGAAGCGACAUUUACUGGAGUAAAUGUUGACCCUUAAUAUUAGCCAAUUUAGCAGAAACCUGCGGGUGAUUGAAGAGACAUUUAUAUUACUGGAAUAAGAGGAGUGGUACGAGUAAUAUCCGCGGAUUUUAUCAGGACGAGGACCAUGGUACUAGUUCUGAACCUUCUGGAGACUCACAUAUUCCCCCUUGCUCUUACUUCUACGAAUGAGUGUUGCAGCUGUGCUAAACUGUUUGCGACAUCGUAUGUGGUUCAU